GCGACCGGCUGGCGGCAGGGGGCUCCUCGUGGGGCUCCCGGGGCACCCGCGGCGAGUUGUCUGUCGGGCUCGGGCCAUGGAGGCGAAGCCGCCGCUCUACCCGGUGGCGGGGGCCGCAGGGCCACAGGUCGACGAGGACGGGCUCGGCGUUCCCGACGGGCCCGAGGCGCCGCUGGACGAGCUGGUGGGCGCCUACCCCGACUACAACGAGGAGGAGGAGGAGCGGCGCUACUACCGCCGCAAGCGCCUGGGCGUGCUCAAGAACGUGCUGGCGGCCAGCGCGGGCGGCGCGCUCACCUACGGCGUCUACCUGGGCCUCCUGCAAAUGCAGCUGAUCCUGCACUACGACGAGACCUACCGCGAGGUGAAGUACGGCAACAUGGGGCUACCCGACAUCGACAGCAAGAUGCUGAUGGGCAUCAACGUGACGCCCAUUGCGGCCCUGCUCUACACACCUGUGCUCAUCAGGUUUUUUGGCACUAAGUGGAUGAUGUUCCUGGCUGUGGGUAUCUACGCCCUCUUUGUUUCCACCAACUACUGGGAGCGCUACUACACGCUUGUGCCCUCAGCUGUGGCCCUGGGUAUGGCCAUCGUGCCUCUUUGGGCCUCCAUAGGCAACUACAUCACCAGGAUGGCGCAGAAGUACUAUGAGUAUUCCCACUACAAGGAGGAGGAGCAGGGACUUCAGAAGCGCCCACCGCGGGGCUCCCAUGCACCCUAUCUCAUGGUCUUCCAAGCCAUCUUCUAUAGCUUCUUUCAUCUGAGCUUUGCCUGCGCCCAGCUGCCCAUGAUCUACUUCCUGAACCACUACCUGUAUGACCUAAACCACACGCUGCACAACGUGCACAGCUGCGGCACCAACAGCCAAGGCAUCCUCAGUGGCUUCAACAAGACAGUUCUGCGGACGCUGCCACAGAGCCGAAACCUCAUUGUGGUGGAGAGUGUGCUCAUGGCAGUGGCCUUCCUGGCCAUGCUGCUGGUCCUCUGUCUGUGCGGAGCCGCGUACCGACCCACGGAGGAGAUCGAUCUGCGCAGCGUGGGCUGGGGCAACAUCUUCCAGCUGCCCUUCAAGCACGUGCGUGACUUCCGUCUGCGCCACCUUGUGCCCUUCUUUAUCUAUAGCGGCUUCGAGGUGCUCUUCGCCUGCACCGGUCUUGCCCUGGGCUAUGGCGUGUGCUCGGUGGGGCUGGAACGGCUGGCCUACCUCCUCCUGGCUUACAGCCUGGGUGCCUCAUCCGCCUCACUCCUGGGUCUGCUGGGGCUGUGGCUGCCACGCUCAGUGCCACUGGUGGCUGGGGCGGGGCUGCACCUGCUGCUUACCCUCGGCCUCUUUUUCUGGGCCCCCGUGCCUCGGGUCCUGCAACACAGCUGGAUCCUCUAUGCGGCAGCCACCCUGUGGGGUGUGGGCAGCGCCCUCAACAAGACGGGGCUCAGCACACUCCUAGGAAUCCUGUAUGAAGACAAGGAAAGGCAGGACUUCAUCUUCACCAUCUACCACUGGUGGCAGGCCAUGGCCAUCUUUGCCAUGUACCUGGGCUCCAGCCUGCCCAUGAAGGCCAAGCUGGCUGUGCUGCUGGUGACGCUGGUGGCGGCGGCGGCCUCGUACCUGCGGAUGGAGCAGCAGCUGCGGCGGGGCGUGGUCCCGCGCCAGCCCCGCAUCCCGCGGCCCCAGCACAAGGUGCGCGGCUACCGCUACCUGGAGGAGGACAACUCGGACGAGAGCGACGCGGAGGGAGACCGCGGGGCCGCUCGGGGGGCCGGCGUGGAGGCCGAGGCGCAGCCUGCGGGGCCCCGGCCGGGUCCCGAGCCAGCCGGCCCCUGUCGCCGGCCCUGCCCCUACGAGCAGGCGCUGGGGGGCGACGGGCCCGAGGAGCAGUGACGGGCCCCGGCCUCAGCCUCCCUGCUCAGCGGACUCAGGCUGGGAGCCCCUUCUGAGUCCGGCGCCAUCUCCAGGAAGGACCCUCUGUGCCCUCCCCCGUGUUAAGGAACGCCCCUCCCAGAGCCCGGGCCACCUGGGAUUGCCGCAGCCCCAUGCAAGGCCCGGGUUCGAGAGCACGGCCGAAACCUGGAGGGGCCGCCGUCCGGACCCCGUCUCCACGGCCCAGUGCCCCGGCCCCGGAGCAGGGACAGGCUCUUUUGCAAACCGCAGCCCCCGGCCCCGCCCCCCACCCCGCCCCAGCUCUGGCUGCAGCCGCGCGCGCGCGCGCUCCGCUUUCCUAUCCCCGGGGUCAGCCAAGACGCCCGGCUUUUUAUACAAAAUGAGCAAUAAAUUUUGUAUUGUC